CUUGAGAGCUGCAUUGCAUACCAGUCUACAGUGACUGCGGUCUAUCUCCCUAUCUGGGGUGGGGAAUUAAUCUGGUGUCCGGAAAAACACCUCUAAGUCCGAAAGAAAAUCAAGGCAAAGGCAAUUCUUAUAUUUCUAGUCCUAUUGCGCAUCUGUUUUGUCCACCUACGGACAUUUUUUUUCUCCAGCGCGUCUGUUUGUGCACGAGGAUGCGCGGGCUCUAGGACCGAGAAGACGAAUCCAUCAAACGCUCGGAUUGUGAGCGUUCACAUAGCGGUACACUGAAGGAAAGCCCCAUCGGACGUGGUAUCAGAGAAUACUUGUGAAAUAUACAUAGAGAGCAGUCUUUGCAGAGCUGCAGCCUGCAAGGACCACACGAGUGUUUUUGGAAAUGGUUUGUUUUGCAGUGGAGAGGUUUGGCUGACUAUUUAUAACCAAGCACCGGUAGUCUGGAACGCCUGAGUUUGCCCUUCAUUAUCUGCCAACCUUUCUCCCCGAUCAUAAUUACAUUUUCUUCGCAAGUCUCGUCGGUUGCAAGUGACCAUCUGCACUUUUAGUCGGAACUGAAAAGGCUGACAAUAUGUGCUUUGGAUUAGACCUCCCGCUGGACAACUUUUGCGUGAAUGGGAUAUCUGUAUAUUAGGCAUAGUGUUCACCGGGUGUCUAUCUAUAGGCCUAAGGAGAGGAGGCAGGUUAUUUGCAUUAGUCUACACUGGCAUUGUGAUGGUGUUUUUAUGAUCUGAACUGACAACGCAAUUGGAUCGUUUUGGAAACUGGUUCUGGGAUACUUGGAAAGGUGAAAAAUGAAAGCGCCUAUCCCACUCCAGAUCCUUUUCUACGCUGCUGUGGUCCGAUGUUUGAAAGUAGUGUCCAAGAGAGGUUCAGCGGACGACUGCACGGAUUGGUCGGUGGACUACUUGAAAUACAAAGUGCUUCUGGGGGAACCGGUGCGGAUUAAAUGUGCUUUAUUCUAUGGAUAUAUCAGAGCCAACUACACCCACUCUCAGAGUGUAGGACUAAGCCUUAUGUGGUACAAAAGUACGGGACAUGGGGACUUUGAGGAGCCCAUCUCCUUCGACGGAAUCCGAAUGAGUAAGGAGGAGGACGCCAUUUGGUUCAGGCCCACCGAGCUCCAUGACGUCGGCCACUACUCCUGCGUACUGAGGAAUUCCACAUAUUGUAUGAAAGUGUCCAUGGCUCUGACGGUGGCGGAGAACGACACAGACCUCUGCUACAACUCCAAAAUGAGGUACUUCGAGAAAGCGGAGUUGAGUAAAAGUAAAGAGAUCACCUGUCCGGACAUUGAGGAUUAUAUACAGCCUGGGAAGGAGUCUGAUAUAGUAUGGUACAAGGAAUGCAAGCCUAAGCAAUGGAGACAAAGCAUUGUAAUGAGAAGAGAUACUCUCUCCAUCCGAGAGGUGCGUGAAGAUGACAUUGGAAAUUACACGUGUGAAUUACAGUUUGGGAGUUUCCUUGUGAGAAGAACUACAGAGCUAUCUGUCACAGCCCCUCUAACAGAUAAGCCUCCAAAGAUCCUGUUCCCCUCAGAGAACAAACUCAGCACCGUGGAGCUACAGAUUGGAAGCCAAGUCAACCUGACGUGCCGAGCGUUCUUCGGCUUCGCCGGGGAUGUCAGUCCACUCAUCUACUGGAUGAAGGGGGAGAAGUUCAUCGAGGACCUGGACGUGGAGAGGUUCAGAGAAAGCGAAAUCAAGCCCAUCCGAGAGCACCUGGGAGAACAGGAGGUGUCCAUCACCCUGACCAUUGACUCUGUGGAAGAGGGUGAUCUAGGGAACUACUCCUGCUAUGUUGAGAACGGCAACGGAAGACGGCAAGCCAACAUCCAACUCAUAAAGAGAGCAGAACUUAUGUACACUGUGGAGCUGGCUGGAGGUCUGGGAGCCAUCUUGUUGUUGUUGAUCUGCCUCGUCACCCUCUACAAGUGUUACAGGAUUGAGCUCAUGCUGUUCUACAGGAACCAUUUUGGCAGUGAGGACAUAGAUGGAGAUAACAAGGACUAUGACGCGUAUCUGUCCUACACCAAAGUGGACCCAGACCAGUGGAGUCAGGAGACGCGUGAGGAGGAGCGUUUUGCACUGGAGAUCCUCCCCGACGUUCUAGAGAAGCAUUAUGGGUAUAAGCUCUUCAUUCCAGACAGGGACUUGAUCCCAACCGGAAGUUUCACCAAUGAUCAUUUCCAGGAUGAUUCAAGACUCCUUAGAGCCUAUAUCGAGGACGUGGCGCGCUGCGUGGACCAAUCCAAGCGCCUUAUCAUCGUCAUGACGCCCAACUACGUGGUGCGCCGGGGGUGGAGCAUCUUCGAGCUGGAGACCCGCCUCCGGAACAUGCUGGUCACCGGGGAGAUCAAGGUGAUCCUGAUCGAGUGCGCCGAGCUGCACGGCAUUAUGAACUACCAGGAGGUGGAGGCCCUCAAACACACCAUCAAGACGUUGACCGUCAUCAAGUGGCGCGGCCCCAAGAGCAACAAGCUCAGCUCGGCCUUCUGGAAACAGCUGCAGUACGAGAUGCCCUUCAAGCACAUGGAGCCCAUCAUCAGCCACGAGCAGGUGCUGGACGUCAGCGAGCAGGGACCCUUCAGCGAGCUCCAGACCGUCUCGGCUAUUUCCAUGGCGGCGGCCACGUCAACCGCCAUGGCAACGGCGCACCCGGACCUGAGGAGCAACUUCCACAACUCCACCCUCAACUACCACACCCAGAUGAGGCAGCAGAAACAUUACUACCGCAGCUACGAGUACGACAUCCCGGCCGGGGGCACGCUGCCUUCCCUGUCCACCCUGGGGAACCAGCACACCUACUGCAACAUCCCCAUGACUCUGAUCAACGGCCAGAGGCCCCAUGGUCACACCAAGUCCAGCCGGGAGCAGAGUAUCGAGGAGGCGCAGGCCAACAACGCCAUGCUCCCACUGCUGCCUCGCGAGACCAGUAUAUCCAGCGUCAUCUGGUGACGGCGCCAGGCAACCCCGGGGACCGACGUGGACACGGACAAGGGGGAGGAGCCGGCGGAUCGUGCGGCAGCGAGGGCGACGCGGAGACACUUGGAGCGCUGGAGGCGGCUUCCGUGGAAUUGGCCCCAGGAUUUGCAGGGGGGGGGGGGGGGGGGAGAAUCAACAACACGGAACGAAUGGUUCUGUCAGACUGAGACAACUAUUGUUCAACAAGGACUAAGGAGGAUUCGGCGGUGAAAAAGAGAACCAGUUUGGUUUGAAAUGCCUGUACACACCAACACACACACGCCAACACCCUAUGUUAUUUUACCCAGAAACUCAAGGAAAACAGGGUCUUGUACAUAUAUUUUCUUUGUAGCAUCAGUAUUUUUUCUUUUUCUUUUUUUGACCAGUUUUAAUCAUCGAAUGUCUAUGUCUGUUUUGAUUUCUGUAUUAUUUUCUGGUGGCAGGGUUACGAAAGGGUGAAUUGGUCUGUGAGGUCUAUUUGGCUGAAAUGUAGUCAUUUUGAUUUUGACUUAAAGUGGAACAGGUAUAGUUUAAAAAUAUUUGUUUUUUAACAGUUAUGGCAUUGUAGGUGAAAAGUUUCAUCUUUAAUUUGAAAGGAAAUGUCCUUUUUUGUUGGCCUGGGUGAGGUUAAAUAGAUGGAAUCUUCUUUUAUAGGGACAUGUAAACAAAACUAGAUUAUGCAAAAGAUGAAGAGGCCUGAGAGUAUGCAAGCGACAGAUGGAUGAACCGACCAAUCAGGUGACAAUAGAGACUGGUGCUAGACUUGGUGUGCAAGUGUUGCAGCUCUCACAAAUAUAAGUGACGUUUUCUUUUCAAAAUACAGCCUUGCUGUUCAGUUUAACAGAGAAGUAUAUCACCCUAAAAACAAUGAUGUGUAUUAUUUUAUGAGAAAUUAUAUUUUUGUAACAACAAUAUUUGCUUGGAAAUACAUACUUAUUCAUAUUUUCAUCCCACUAAUGACAGAAAUAGAGAAACAUGCAUUCAGUUUUCUACAUAAUUUUGCUAUGUAGUUCUUUAAUUGCAUAGCUGACAAAGUGGAUUUUUGAGUCCUUCACUAAAUGUCUUAUCUUACUCGAAAGAUAAAAAAUGGAGAAAAAAAUGUAUUUUAGAUGUUUUCAUGAAGUCCUAAUAUCAUUAUUGGAUGGGGCAAUGUAUGUUUGUGUUUCCAAGACUUUUUCAUCACUGAGGAGUGUUCAUAGCAACUAGAUAUGUAUUCAACCUAUGAAAUACUAUGUCAGUGUAUUUAAAGAUAAAACACAAUUCACAUCAGAAGACAUUUCUCAAAGCAAAUUCAUAAUAAAUAUCUUCAUUCUCCCACCGCACAUAAAUACCGGGUAACCUUGAAGUAGUGCCUCCUUGCUCCCUAUGAAGAAGGAUGGCAGCCAUUUUAAAAGAAUGACACAAUGAACACAGUUGACCUCUACGAUAUGUUCCGUGUUAUUGUCAUACGUAUGUUCCUAUAAGAAGAAAUGUUCAGCAUACCAUGUGACUGUCUUUGACUAUACAAAGGGACCAAAAUACAGGAGCAAAUCAUGUUAUUUGACCCAAGAGAAAUGUCUCUACGAUUAGUGGCAAGCUAGGCAAGUGUCCAUUUUGAUUCCUCUAAAAUUCAAUUGAAACCCUUUCAACUUUUGAGUGGUCCAAAAUAUUACAAGAACUUGAACAUUAUCCUCAUUAUUUACAAGCAAGUGAGACCAAAGUUAAAUUGUGCGUUUUGAAGAAACUAUAUCAGAAAUCCGCCACAUGAUUCACAUUUUAGGGCUUUACAUAGAUUUCUUUUUUUCCUUCUUUUGAUUGGCCAAUAUAUGAUGUCAUGAAGUCCAAUAAAGCAACUAGAGUUA